GGCAGUACAAUCACAUGUCAAUGUCAGUUUAACAAAAAACAAAAGUUGCGCUUGUCCGAACAAUGGCAGAUCCCAGAAUUCGUCAGAUAAAAAUUAAAACCGGCGUUGUAAAGCGCAUCGCUAAAGAGAAAGUGGUUUACGAGAAAGAAGCCGAGCAGCAAAGGAACAGGAUACAAAAGCUAAAAGAUGAAGGGCAGGACGAACACAACAUCCGAAAGCAAGAAGAAGUUUUGCAGGAGUCUCUAAUGAUGGUCCCGGAUUGUCAAAGAAGAUUGGUAAAAGCUUUUGCGGAUCUAAAGAAUACAUUAGGUGCAGAGCAGGACCUGAAGGAACACGAAGAUUACAUUGCUGCGGAACAAGUGUUGAAAGACGCAGAAGCUCAACUCCCAGACACAGCUGCUUUAUAAUAAUCACAUUUACUUUUCUAAUAGUUAUUAAUUUUAUAUCAGUAAUCAUGUAUAAUCAUAAUUUUAAUUUCCGAGGGAAUUUUACAUUCCAACCUUUUAUUCCUGCACCAUUUCCACCACCACCACCUCCACCACCUUUGUUUUUUAUCCCACCAACACCAGUUAUGCCAUUGGAAAUAGAAGAUACUAAGGUAAUGAAAUAUUAUGAGUCCCGAAUACCCCCAAAACUACCUAAACCUAAAACUCCAGUUACCAUAUCCCUUCUCAAAGACAAAUUAAAGAGUGUGUUACUGUUGCUAAAUGAUGUAAAAAGUAAAGAAAAUGUGUUGAGAGAGAAUAUGAACUCAUAUUCAGAUGAAGAAUGGAGUUCAAAGUUAAAAGACAUUGCGGAUGCAAAGAAGAAAAUUACAGAAGAAAUGAAUGAUGUUAAUGAAACAGAUUUUUAUGAGAUAAGAAAGAUGAUCACUUCACGUAUUUCAAAACGCAUGCGUCUAAAAAGACAGAAGGUGGAGAGGAUAAUGGACAAAGAACAGAGAAAAAAAGAUAGAGAAGAAAAGUCCAGAAAGAUUGAUGAGUAUUUGCAGCGGGUUAAGGAUGAAUUGAACAAAGCAAAACAGGAAAAAGAAGCCAAAGCCAUUGCAGACAAUGUACUUAAAGAUAUUCUCCGUAAGAAGCAAGAUGCAAAGAAAUGUUUGGUGAAAUUUGAUGCUCUGAUAAAGCUGCGUAAAGCUAAGAUGAACACAAUGAAAGG